AUGCCAGGGGCGCCAUCUCCGCGCCCAUUCGGGUCCCCGUCCCGGCCGUCCUCAGCCAGCGGCAUCCCGCUUCAGGCCACGCCCCGCCGCCUGGACCUUGCGGUGGUCUGUCUCGCGGGAAGUCACCAGCCCCCGGCCCCCUCCGGCCCCCUCGCCCCAACUGCCGAUCCCCCCAUCCCCGUUGUCACCGCCCCUCUCCCUUCCUCCGCCCACUUGACUCUCAUUGGUUUCCUUCCCUUGCAGGGGGCGGGGCCAGCGGGGAGCGCUGCGGGAUUGGUCAGCCGCGCAGAGCGCGCCGGCUCGCGCCACACACAGCGUUGCGGUCUGGUGGUGAGAAGAUGCGACCGCUUCAUCCGCCUCAGCCAGCUGCUUCCUUCUCGUCAGAUUCCGUCACCUGCGGCUCCGCUGCUGCCUCGCUCGCCUCGGACUCUGCCGCCACCGACCGCAUCCUCUCAGCCCCGCUCCGGCCUCCCGCAGGCCCGCCGCGGGCACGCCGUCUGCCGCGGGACAGCGGAGUCCCCGUCCCCGCUGCAGGUCGCGACGGCGCCGACCGCGGGCCCCGAGUUCAGUCUCCGCCUCCUGCUCGUGCUCCUGCUGCUGCGGCGGGACUGUCACUGGGCGGCGCGCGGAGAUGCUCGCUCUCUUUGCUAUGACUUCACCAUCAUUCCUAAGCUCAGACCUGGACAAUCAUGGUGUGAGGUUCAAGGCCAGGUAGAUGAAAAGACUUUUCUUUCCUAUGACGUUGGCAGAGACGAGGUGAAAUCCUUGAGUCUCCUGGGAGAGGAGGUGAAUGGCACGAGGGCCUGGCAAGAACAGAUGGAAACGCUGAGAGACGUGGGGGGCUUGCUCAGGCAGCAACUUCCGGACAUUAAACCUGAGAAAUACACAGACGGCAUCACCAACCACGGCUCCAGCUUCAACCCCAUCCGGGGCCACGAUCAUCACUCCCAUCGCCUGGAUCCUCUCGGUGACUUUCGCCUGCUCUCUUCUCCUCGGCAUCCUAGGCUGAGUCCUUCACAGCCAGCCUCCUGCAGAGCCCAGAUCCUGAGUGACUGUGCAGCCCCUGCCUGGAGCAGAGAGGCUCACAGUCUUUGCUAUGAGUUCACCAUCAGUCCGAAACCCAAACCAGGACAACCCUGGUGUGAGGUUCAAGGCAAGGUCAACAGAGACAUGUUUCUGCACUACCACUGUGGUGGCGAGAAGUUCGAACCCGAAGGUCGUCUGGGGAUGAAGGUGAACACUACAGAGGCCUGGGGGAGACAGUCAGAAGCUCUGAAAGAGCUGGUGGAAGAGCUCAGAAAGAAACUCCUUGAGGUGGAACGAGAGAUUUCCACAACCAGCGAUCCUCUCACCCUGCAGGGCAGGAUGAUGUGUCUCUGUAAAGCCAAUGGACGCACCAGUGGAUCGUGGCAGUUUGGCUUGGAUGGACAGAUAUUCCUCCUCUUUGACUCAGAGAACAGAAACUGGACAGUGCUUCAACCUGGAGGCAGGCUGUUAAAAUGGACGUUGGCCAAUGACAGAGAUGCAACGACGUUCCUCAUGAAGAUCUUAAAUGGAGACUGUAGGAACUGGCUUGAGCAAUUUUUGUUGCACUGGGAGAAAAUGCUGGAGACAACAGCAUCACCAACCACAGCCCCAGCUACAGCCCAAUCCAGGGCCACAGCCAUCACUCCCAUCACCUGGAUCCUACUGGUGACACUCCUCUGCUCUCUUCUCCUUGGCAUCCUAGGCUGAGUCCUUCAGAGCAACAGGCCCUCGUGGAAUGGAUGAUGCCCACCCUCAUUGGUGAGGGCCAUCUUCUUUACGCAGUCGCCUGAUUCAAAUACUAAUCUCUUCAAGAAGCACCCUCACGGACAAACCAGAAAGAAUGUUCUACCAGCUGUGAGGACAUCCUUUAGCUCAGUCAAGUUGACAUAUAGAAUUAACCAAGACAAAGACCUCAUCUUGCUUGGCAGCAAUUACUUAGGCAGGGUCAGCAUAGAGUUCUGACAACUCCUCGCUGUCAGAAGCCAGUAGGAAAGUGCAGGGGCUCACACGAAGGUUAACAGCCCGUUUAUGCUAAAGAAAUUUAGCAAAAUCUGGCCUAACUCACACCAGAUUCUCCCUUUGGGAGGGGCUCACAGUGGCGGGGAGGGAGACAACAGGAACAUGAGGCAGGGGCAACACGCAAAUUUAGGUGUGGGCAUCAGGGUGGCUCCACACGAUGUGUCAUAGGGAAGGGAUUCUAUCCAGAUGCCUAGAGGAGAGGGGCCCGGGACCAAUCGCAGGAAGAGGGGCGGGAAGGCCUUGCAGACCCAACUCAAAAAGCUGGAGUUUAAGGCUGCAUCCCCACAGAAAGCGGCUUGGGUGAUGGCAGGUAGGGCAGAAGGUGAAGAGUAGAGACUGUCUGGAUGAGAUUAGAGGGAGGUCAGUUCUCCAUGGACACCUGGGAACCCUGGCCCAGCCCUGCUGCAGUCACCUGGCAGCCACCCUCCUGCUGUGGACCCCCGAUCCUGAGGCACUGCACCCCGCCUGGAGCAGAGGUGACUCAGGAGAUAGGUGGGACUGGGUUGGUGUUGGGGUUGGAUAAGGACAGCUCAGCUGGACCAGGAAUGGAUGGGGUGGGGCAGGAACCAUCACACUCAGGGCUUUUGAGCUGCCAGCAGGGUGAGGAGAGGCUGAGAGAGGAGGAGAAAGGAGGAUCUUUGCCUGCAACCCUCCCCAGUGCUCGAGGAACCAGGAUCCAGGCCCCUCUCUUUGCACGGGGCUGCCACUGGGUCCUCUAGGCCUUGCCAUUGGAGGGAGGAUCAGGAUCUAAGUAAGCAGAAGAGAUUGAAUCAUUACUCACUUUAUUCCUGAGACCCAAAGCGCCAUCGUGGGGCCCAGAGCUGACUGUGUCACGUGGUAAAGGAGAGGGGAAGUUGGUCCAGGCUGCAGGACUAGCGCUGGGGGUAGGAGUGGAGGGAACCUCAUGACCCUCAGUGAGUGUGGUGCUCUUAGAUGGGGCGUGACUGGGGAGGGGUAGCCCCAGGAGAACUGACCCAGGUUUUCCUCAGUCCCUGGGACAAACUCCUGUGCCCCUUUUAGAGGCUGGAGUUGCUACCCAGAAGCCCCUGGAGUCUGCUCUAGUUCCUCCCAUCUCCCUUCUGGUUGGUGGCCUUUCGGUCACCUCCCCUGCAUCUCUCCCCCACCUUGGGUUUCAGUCCCUACAGCAAAGGCUGAGGCCCCCAGGAGUCUUGAGGAUCAAGGAGAUGCAGCAUUGCUUUCGCUUUAUGCCCUAGCCAAUAAUCCUACUUUACAGUUUUUCUAAACGUCGGUGCCAUUUCUCUUAGUGCUAAGUGUUGGGAUUCCUGCACUUAGCCUUCGAACUGCUUCAAUUAGAAUUCUCAACCAGAGACCAUUUUCCACCUCCUCUGGUUGUGGAAAAUCUGAUGCAUCUCUGCAUCCUGACCUCGCUCUUGCAAAUGAUAUUGUCAGAAAAGUGUCAUGUGAGAUUGCAGAACCUCAGGGAUUCUUUCUCUGUCCUGAGGAACAGCCUCAUGUCUCUUAAACAGAACAAGAUUAUGUUUAUGAUGGUUUCCUUUAGUAAUUUAUUACUCUCUCAUGGAUAUUUAAAUGAACAUCUUACUUGUUAAAAAAUUAAAUUAUUUCAGAAUUUUCUUUUAUAAUCCAGUAGAAAAGUAAUGGCUUUCACUUUUCCUACAUGUUAUGGAGUAAAUAAAACCAAUGUUUCUGCUAGAUUACUUAUGGAAACAGAAUGAAGGAUCACUUGUAAAUUAUCUAUCAAGCGGUAGAUUGUCAGUCUCAAACAUUACCCUCACACCCUGAUGCAAACAAAUAUUCUGGGACUUAAGCAACAAGAAUCUUUCUGAUGUCAGCCCAGAUCCCCACCCCAGCAGUGACAUUUCUGUGAUCCCUCCACCCUGAGUCGUCUCCUUAGUGAGAAGUCAGUCUUCACAGCAGAAAUAGCUCUACUACUAAAUGGUGUCUUACUCCCCAUGGAAAAAGGAUCGGUAUCCAGAAUAUAGCAAGAGCUCCUACAGAUAAAUUGGAACAAGUCUGAUUCUUCAAAGAUACAGGGCAAAUGAUAUGAGGAGUAUAAGCCUGUGACAAGAUUGAAAAUCUCACAAAUAAUGAAGAAUACUGUAAUUAGAAGGAGAACAAGAUAUCCUCACAUGCCCAUGACAGUGGAAAAUAUUUUUAAAUAUAUCAACACUUACGUGUGGACAGGAAAUGGAAUACCAGGAAUUCUCUUACAUUGUUGGCAUGAAUCAACCUUAAAAUACUGUAUAAUUUUACACUAUCUAGUAAGGCGGAAGACGUGCUCAUCCUACUCGCAGCAGAGUCGGUGUUCAUUCCGGUCUCGCAAAUAUGUACCUGUAGAUAUACUGUUGUUUAUUGUAGUGGUGGUGUUGUAGCAAAAAUAUAGCAACAAGCUGAAUUUCCAGAGAAAAGGAGCAUAUAUUAAAAAAUGUCAGUGAAAGA